AGGGUUGGAUUUCUGAAAGGGCUGCAGGGGAUCCCGAACUGGUCUCUGACAGGGUCUCCUUCGGAUUCACGGGGGGGUUACCCCCUUUUCCCUUGCCAUUCCGGUCUCGUUUUUCAGACUUCCUUGAUCCUCCCCAGGGUCCUUUUGAGGGACCUCAGUCCGUAGCUGUGCCCUGAGGUUUAAGGUUGGGUAGGAGAUCGUCGUACUGGGACCACCCUGGUGUUCUCCGCGUUAGAGGUGUUUGAUUUCUUCAAAGCAUUUGUCCAGUCAGACAUUUAAAAAUGGCAUCCAAAGAAGAAAUAAUGAGUGACCAGCGGUUUAGGAGGGUUACAAAGGACCCAAGAUUUUGGGAAAUGCCAGAAAAGGAUCGAAAAGUCAAAAUUGACAAGAGAUUUCGAGCAAUGUUUCAUGACAAAAGGUUCAAGUUGAAUUAUGCUGUGGAUAAAAGAGGACGCCCCAUCAACCACAGCACUACAGAGGACUUGAAGCGUUUUUAUGACCUUUCAGAUUCUGAUUCAGAUCUAUCUUAUGAAGAUGAUAAAGCAUUGAACCAAAAGAAAAGGAAGAAGAAAAAACCCCAGACUAACAACAAAAUAGAAUCAAAAAAUCUAGUUGAAGAGAAAAAGAGAGAAAGCAAAAAAAUUAAUCAAAAGGAUUCUGGAGAUAAAAAUGAUUUGGAUAACUCUGACAGAAUUCAGAAAAUGGAAAAGUCAUGCAAAUCUAAGAAGGUAGAUUCAAAAAUAAGUUCUAAGAAAAACAGAGAAGAAUUUACACAGAAAAGUACAACAGGGAAAAAAAACAUUGUUCAACAUAGUACAGAGUCAUGUCCCAAAGGAAAAGUAGACUUGGGCGUCUCUGAAAUUGUGAAAUCUCCCAAGCUCAAGUCCUCUAAGACAAGAAGAGAAAUGCUAUCAGUGGUUUCACUAAUGGCAAGAGACAGUGAUGGUUAUGAAAACCCGACAGGUGGUAAGAGGUUUGACAAAGAUGCUCUGGAGGAAGAUUCAGAAAGUGCUAGUGAAAUAGGUGAUGAAGAAUCUGAAGAUGAAAUUACAGGCAUUGGUAGAAGUUCAACUGAUGAUGAUGAUGAUGAUGAUGAUGAUGAUGUUGAUGGAAAUGAAAAUGAUGAGGAGGAGGAGGAUGAAGAUGAGGAGAGUGAGAAUGAUGAUGAAAGUGACAGUGGUCCUGAUCUUGCAAGGGGUAAAGGAAAUAUAGAAACUAGUUCUGAAGAUGAAGAAGAUAUGGCAGAUUUACUGCCAGAGGACUCUGGUUUUGAGCAUGCUUGGAGAGAAUUAGAUAAAGAUGCUCCUCGGGCUGAUGAGAUUACACGUCGAUUAGCUGUUUGCAACAUGGACUGGGACAGAUUAAAGGCAAAAGAUUUGCUGGCUUUGUUUAAUUCAUUUAAACCUAAAGGAGGUGUUAUAUUUUCUGUAAAGAUAUAUCCUUCAGAAUUUGGAAAGGAGAGGAUGAAGGAAGAGCAAGUUCAAGGACCAGUAGAGUUAUUAAGUAUACCUGAAGAUGCCCCUGAAAAGGACUGGACUUCUAGAGAAAAACUGAGAGAUUAUCAAUUCAAACGACUCAAGUACUAUUAUGCAGUAGUAGACUGUGAUUCCCCUGAAACAGCUGGCAAAAUCUAUGAGGAUUGUGAUGGCCUGGAAUUUGAAAGUAGUUGUUCAUUCAUAGACCUAAGGUUUAUACCAGAUGAUAUUACCUUUGAUGAUGAGCCCAAGGACAUAGCCUCAGAAGUGGAUUUAACAGCAUAUAAACCAAAAUAUUUCACAUCUGCUGCGAUGGGAACCUCAACGGUGGAAAUCACUUGGGAUGAGACUGAUCAUGAAAGAAUUACAACACUCAACAGGAAGUUUAAAAAGGAAGAGCUUUUGGACAUGGAUUUUCAAGCUUACUUAGCUUCCUCUAGUGAAGAUGAAGAGGAGAUAGAAGAGGAGCUACAAGGUGAUGAUAAAGUCAAUAUGGAAGAAGAUGGGAAAACAAAGAAAAGUCAGAAGGAUGAUGAAGAACAAAUUGCUAAAUACAAACAGCUCUUGCAAGUUAUUCAAGAAAAAGAAAAGAAAGGCAAAGAAAAUGAUAUGGAAAUGGAAAUUAAGUGGGUUCCAGGUCUGAAAGAAAGUGCAGAAGAGAUGGUGAGAAACAAAUUGGAAGGAAAAGAUAAACUGACCCCUUGGGAACAAUUUUUAGAGAAAAAGAAAGAGAAGAAAAGACUGAAAAAGAAACAAAAGGCUCUUGCUGAAGAGGUCAGUGAAGAUGAACUUCCCUCUGAUGUUGAUCUGAAUGACCCAUACUUUGCCGAAGAAAUUACAAAAAUAGGUAUAAAAGAAAAGAAAAAAUCAGUGAAAUCUACAAAAGAUGGCAUAUCUCCCGUGGAAGAAGCUGAAAUAGAAAGACAAAAGGCUGAAAUGGCUCUGCUCAUGAUGGACGAGGAGGAAGAGAGCAAGAAACACUUCAAUUAUAAUAAGAUUGUAGAACACCAGAAUCUAAGCAAAAAGAAGAAAAAACUGCUGAUGAAAAAGAAGGAAUUAUUAGAGGAUGACUUUGAGGUAAAUGUUAAGGAUGCACGGUUUCAGGCAAUGUAUACUUCCCACUUGUUCAAUUUGGAUCCUUCAGAUCCUAAUUUCAAGAAAACAAAAGCUAUGGAAAAAAUCCUUGAGGAGAAAGCCCGGCAGAGAGAACAGAAAGAACAAGAACUUACUCAGGCAAUAAAGAAAAAAGAGAGUGAAAUUCAAAAGGAAUCACAAAAGAGGUCCAUUGAUCCUGCCUUGUCAAUGUUGAUUAAAUCUGUAAAAAACAAAACAGAGCAGUUUCAAGCAAGAAAAAAACAAAAAGUCAAAUAGCUGUUUGUUGUUUCUUUUUGGAUUGAGAAUGUGUUCUCCUAAAGUGUACUGAAGUGAUAGAGGGAAUAUUUAUUGGGAACAAAGCUUUCUUUCAAGAAUAUAAAUAAAAUCUUAUUCUGACAGUUGUAAAAUUUCUUCCCCUAUACAACAGUUUGACUUAAUUGUGGAUGAUUGACAGAUUUGUUCUGUAUGUUUCCACAGAUUAAUCAUAAUUAAUUUAAUUAAACUGAAAUACAAGAUUUAUAAAAUUUUUGUAUUUUAUGAAAUUGAGUCAUACUAGUAGAAAAUUACUCUUGUCCUAAUUUUUUAAAAGAUUAUUUACAAUUCUGUAUAAAAAUAGAGCAGUGCCCAGUUGUUAAGUCUGAAUAAGAGUUAGGAACAAUUUGAAAACAUGUAGAUGCAAUAUGUAGAUGCAAUAUGUUAAUUUCUCUGGAAAAGGAGGCAGAUUUAGGUAUCUAUGUAAAUUUAUUUUUGUGGCCAUAAUGGAUAGAAGCCAAUAACUUCAUUGUUUGUUCAUGUUUAUUAUAGUUUAUGAAAUUAAUUUGUAAAUAAAAGUAUAAAAUAUUUUUAUUA